AUGGCACCUAAAUGGAUUGAUUAUAUUUUUCCGUCUAAAGUUUCUGCUCAACCGUCAUAUGAAUUUUCAAAGAUGUCUGAUAAAUUUCAUGGUGCUUCUUCAAAUACGUAUUCAUAUUCGUUAAUUAAGCUGCAAACUUAUUCGACAUCAUUGUAUCGAAACUCUCCGCCAUCAAUACAUCAAAAUUUAAAUUUGUAUAAUCUUCAAAAUCCAUAUGCAUCUCGACCACGAAAUAAUAAACUGAUGGAUGAAUUAAUACGUGAAUGCAGAAAUUUUCAAUAUAAUAAUAGACAAUUUAAACGUAGUGAAAUUAUUUCAAACUUUGCUAAACGUUUAUUUUGUGAUCAAUGUUUUCGGGAAGCAUAUGAUAUGGAUCCAUUAAAAAUCAAAAAUUUAUAUACACGAGAAGAUCCACCAUUUUACAGAGAAUUAAACAAAUGUUUAUGUCAAGGUGUUGAUAGUAAUCUGGUGGGAGCGUGUACUCAAAAUUUAUCCUCAGUUAUUUAUCAGUCAAAUCAUAAUGAUUUGCCUAAUGUUGUAUUUCGUGGUGCAAAUUUUUGUCGAGAUGAGAUUGCUCGGCUUGAACACGCACAACGGACAGAUACUCUAAUUUAUUUCAAUGGUUUUACAUCAACAUCUCGUAGUCAAAGAGAGGCGGACAAGUUUGGUACAUGGCUAUUAUGUAUUCGAAUACCAUAUGGUUUCCAAUGUGCAGCCGAUAUUUCCGAAUAUUCUCAAUUUCAAAAUGAGCAAGAAAUAUUAAUAGCCGCAAAUAGUGGUUUUCAAAUUAAUUAUAUUGAUCGUGAUGAAAAAGUAAUUGAUAUUACAUUAGCUGAUGAUUCUCAAUGUUUAAAACCAAGACCGUCACAUAUAUGUCGAAAACAUAGAUAUGAAAAAUUUGAACAACUGUAUAUGAGAAAAUAA